AUUUUGUUGAAGGACUGGAUGGAGGCAAAUGUGGCGGUGCUCCGUCCGCGCCCCGUCGCGGUGACUGAUCACAGUUUAACAUUUAAAGAAAUCUUUUUUAAAUAUACAGUACCGACACCGGAGACAUGGCGUCACGGAGCUACAGUGUCCGGGUCCUCUGUCAGAGGGCCGGGGUCGCGAGGAUGACGUUCAGGGGAAUGAUUGCAGCUGCACAACCACAGGCCGAGGUCGAUUUCCUCAAAGGAGAACCACACAGGAAACACCCCGGUGUCACCAACCUGAAAGCUCUGCGCCUGCCCGAGGAACUCCAGACAGCAGCACGGACCAUUAUCCAGAGUGCUCAGGUGGCUCAGCUGACCGACCGCUCUCACAGCCUCACAAACUUCCUGUGGAGCAGGAAACGAGCGGUUGAGGACGCGACUCUGAGAAAGGCCGCCGUGAGUCUGGAGAGGGAACUAUGGAAGAAGGCGAUAGAGAAGGGAGGCGAUAUAGACGAGGAGGCACUGGAGGACCGCAUCAAGAAAAAAGUGCUAUCGGAGCUCCGGAGAACAACUUAUCGCUGGACUCACAUGAAGUACGAUGAGGAGUUCGGCGUCGUGUACAUGGCGGCUCGCCUGGCCGGCGGCUACGCAGCAAUGAGGAGAGCUCUCAAUGAGAUCAAGAAGAGGGAUCCCUCCUUUGCCCCACAGUCUCUUCUGGAUUUCGGUUCAGGGCUGGGAACAGUUGUCUGGGCGUCACACUCGUACUGGGCCGACUCUUUGAAGGAGAUGGUUUGUGUCGACAGCUCGGGGCCGAUGAACACUCUGGCAGAACGACUUCUCAAAGGCGCCGAUGAAAAGGCUCAACCUCACAUCAAACAAGUCUAUUUCAGACAGUUCCUCCCGGUCUCUCCUAAGGUGCAGUUUGACUUGGUGGCCGCAGCGUUUACCCUGUCGGAGAUUUCAGGUGUGAAGGAUCGAGAAGAAGCUGUGUUCACUCUGUGGAGAAAGACCGGCUCAUAUCUGGUGCUGGUGGAAAAUGGGACCAAAGAGGGACAUCAGCUUCUUAUGGAGGCCAGAGACACGUUAUUAAUGAAACAAGAGACGACGGUCCACGACUCCAGACCAGCGUCGGUGUUCGCUCCAUGUCCCCAUGAACUGACGUGUCCCAAACUGGCCCAAAAGAUGGUCGUCCCCUGCAACUUCCAGCAGCUGUACCACCCUCUGCCUCUGCCCGGGCACAAUGAGUGUCGGACGGAGAAGUUCAGCUACCUGAUUGUGACUCGCGGUGAACCGGCAGAGCCUGCGCCAGACGGCACGGUGGACUGGGCCCGGCUGGUCGCACCGGUGCUGCGCAGAGCCAGACACGUCCACUGUCGGACGUGCAGCUCCGACGGGCAACUCCACCACAUGGUGGUGACGGCUCGAAAACACAGCAGAGACGUGUAUCGCUGCGCUCGGAGCAGCGAAUGGGGCGAUCGCCUGCCGAUCGUCCCGACAGCGGAGGAAGACGAGCACAGUGAUUCCGAGGGAUGAUGAGUCAACCAGGAUGAGGCAUGUCCUUUUCGUUAGACGUCUGCAAAUAAUGGAAUGCACCCUAAAACUGACAUGAAUAAGACUGCUGUCCAAGGAAUCGUCAGCUGUUUUUCCUUAUGGGAACUCACUGAACAGCUACUGUGUGCUUAUCAGGAUUGCAUCAAUAAAAAAAAACAUUUGUUCUGUCA